AUGACAGAUGCCAGAUUUUCUCAGGAAGAGUUCAUGUGUGCAGUGUGUCUGGAUCUCCUGAAGGAUCCAGUGACCAUCCAGUGUGGACACAGUUACUGUAAGAGCUGUAUUACAGACUGCUGGGAUCAGGAGGAUCAGAUGAGAGUCUACAGCUGCCCUCAGUGCAGACAGACCUUCAGAACAAGACCUGCUUUAGCUAGAAACACCAUGCUGACUGAAGUGGUGGAGAAACUGAAGAAGACCAAACUUCCUGCUGACUGUUACGCUGGAGCUGGAGAUGUGCAGUGUGACGUCUGUACUGGAACAAAAUACAAAGCCGUCAAGUCCUGUCUGGUGUGUCUGAACUCUUACUGUCAGAAUCACCUUGAACAACAUGAAAAUUGGUUUAAAGGAAAGAGACACAAUUUGACUGAUGCCACUGGACGACUGCAGGAGAUGAUCUGCCAGAAACAUGAGAAGAUCCUUGAGGUUUUCUGUCGCACUGAUCAGAAAUGUAUAUGUGUGCUGUGUACGAUGGAUGAACAUAAAAACCACAACACUGUAUCAGCUGCAGCACAGAGGACAGAGAAACAGAAGCAGCUGAAGGAGACGCAGAAGACGUUCCAGCAGAGAAUCCAGCAGAGAGAGAAAGAUCUUCAGCAGCUGAGAGAGGCUGUGGAGUCUCAUAAGCGCUCUGCACAGACAGCAGUGGAGGACAGUGAGAGGAUCUUUACUGAGCUCAUCCGCUCCAUUGAGAGAAGCCGCUCUGAGCUGAUACGACUGAUCAGAAAUCAGGAAAAGCGAGCGGUGAGUGGAGCUGAAGGACGACUGGAGCGACUGGAGCAGGAGAUCAAUGAUCUGAGGAGGAGAGACGCUGAGCUGGAGCAGCUUUCACACACACAGGAUCACAUCCAGUUCCUGCAGAGUUUCCAGUCUCUCUCAGCACCUCCUGAAUCUACAGACAGAAAUGACGAUCUCUUUGCUUCUCUCUUCUCUUUUGAUGGUCUGAGAGAAUCUGUCCAUCAGCUGAGAGACAAACUGGAGGAUUUCUGCAAAGAGGAGUUCAAGAAGAUCUCAGACAGAGAAAGUGAAAGAAAACAUGAUAGAAGAGUCACAUUCACCAGGACCAGGAACGACUUCCUACAAUAUUCCCAUCAGCUCAGUCCGGAUCUGAACACAGUAUAUAAACACCUCCGUCUGUCUAAGAACAACAGAGUGAUUACAUUCACUAAGACAGAGCAGUCGUAUCCUGAUCAUCCAGACAGAUUUGAUUAUUAUCGUCAGGUGUUGUGUAGAGAGAGUGUGUGUGGACGCUGUUACUGGGAGCUGGAGUGGAGUGGGCUUGUGCGUAUAUCAGUGUCAUAUAAGAGCAUCAGCAGGAAGGGACAGGGUGCUGAGUGUUUGUUUGGAUAUAAUGAUCAGUCCUGGAGUUUGUAUUGCACUCCUGACAGUUACUCAUUCACACACAAUAACAUAGAGACUGUUCUCCCUGUGAAGCCCAUCAGCAGUAGAAUAGGAGUGUUUGUGGAUCACAGUGCAGGAACUCUGUCCUUCUACAGCGUCUCUGACACAAUGAGCCUCAUCCACACAGUCCAGACCACAUUCACUCAGCCGCUCUAUCCUGGGUUUUAUAUUGUUUUUAAAGGAUCAUCAGUGAAACUGUGUUGAUGAAUCAGAAUAGACUGACCAGAGAUUCUACCCAUAAUGCUUUGAGCUGAUGAUGAAUCAGUAACAGUGAGAUGUUAUAGAGUCUCUUCUUUUCUCUUCAUGACAUUAAUACUGCAGCUGAACUUCUGUCAGUGAAAUAACAUGUCAGAAUAAAUGUGUGUAAUAAAUCCUCAUAUAGACAGUAAGAUCAGUGUGUGUGUGAGUCCUGCUGAGUGAACAUGUGUUUCUGUGCUUUUAUCAAACUCUGUUUGU